AUGUCGAGAACACAGCAGGAUCAAUUCAUUGACGACGACGAGGAGGAAACAUGUCCGCUAUGCGUGGAAGAAUUCGACCUUGCAGAUCAAGGCUUCCGGCCGUGCCCAUGCGGAUACCAGAUAUGCCAGUUUUGUUACCACAAUGUCAAGACCAACAUGAACGGCCUGUGCCCUGCGUGCCGGCGACCCUACAGAGACGAGGACAUACAUUACAAACUAAUCACGCCGGAGGAAACAGCGGCGCAUAAGGCCCGUCAAGCGCAGAAACAGAAGAAGACCCAAGCGGCGUUACAAAAAGAGAAGCAGAAAGCCGAAGCUGAUAAUCUCAGUCGCAAGCAUCUGGCCGGGAUGCGUGUCGUGCAAAAGAACCUUGUUUAUGUGACAGGUUUGAGCCCGAACUCGCAGGAGGACCAGUUGUUGCAGACCCUGCGCGGAGACCAGUAUUUCGGACAGUAUGGCAAGAUCAUCAAGAUCGUCGUCAGCAAGGCCAAGGACCCGUCACAUCCCCAUUCGGUCGGCGUGUACGUGACCUACGAACGCAAGGAGGAUGCGGCGUCUUGCAUAGCCGCAGUGGAUGGUUCCAAGAACGGCGACAGGACAUUGCGGGCUCAAUUUGGGACAACGAAGUACUGUUCAGCGUACCUCCGUGGUGAGACAUGCACGAAUCGGAAUUGCAUGUUUCUGCAUGAGCCGGGCGAGGCCAAUGAGAGCUACUCUCGCGCCGACCUGUCGGCACUCAAUGCUGGUUCUUCGCAACAAGGCUCUGGACGACCACCACCACCGCAAUCACAGCAGCCUGUUGCUUCUGCCGCGCAGCCCAUGAUGCGACAAUUGAGCGAGGACACUCCGCAAAGCCCGGCGCUCGAGCGGCCCGCGUUACCUUCGACCGCCAGCUGGGCCACGAGGCCAUCGACAUUGGGCCGCGACGAGAGUCGACUAAUGAGCACCCCACACGGAAGUCCGGCGCCGGCCAGAUCAACACCUGCUUUGGCUCAGGUUGAACCGGCGCAGGAGUUCGAGGCACCAUCGACAGCGCCGCCGGAGACCAAGUCGGCGGAAACUGCCGCUACCACGCCUCCGCCUCCGAAGAGACUGCUGGUUUCGCCUUUGACAGCGCUGAUAAGAGGCUUCAAAAUUGAGGACUUCACAUUCGUAUGGUCCCCUGUAAGCUUAUCGCAGACCGACCGGGAUAUCAUCGAAAACUAUCCCCCGUUAUUCGAUCCCAGUGGCGGCGCUCGACGCCGUGUCAGGAGGCAACGAGAAGAGGAACAGCGGCGCAUGGAACAAGAAGCGCAAGCCUUUCAGCAGCCUCCGGCAAUCGAGCCGGAAGACAAUCCUGAAAUGAGCGGAAGCCUCCAGCUUGGUGGAGAACCGGAAGAGCGAGCGACGGGAAGUCAGCAGGGAGCCAUACAUCCUCCGGGACAAGACGGUGGACUUGAUCAACGUUUCCAGUUUGGAGGCGCAGCAUCCAGCCCAAGUGCUAGUGAGCGAGGGCUAACGACCCAGCAACACCAACAGAUGCUGCUGCAGACGCUCAAGCCGACUGUCCAGGGAACAUACGUCAAUGGCGGGAAUCAAUCCUCCGCGUUCCAAUCGUCCUUUCCACAGCAGACGAAUGCUCCACCUGGACAUCAACGCAACACGUCUCGAUACUCCUUUGCCAACGAUACCGCAAGUGCUUCAGCAUCCGUCAAGCCCGUUGCGAACCCGAAGUUGAUGAAUCAACAAUCUGCGAUGAUGCCACAAGCUGGCGGCUACCACUUCGGAGCGCAACAUCAGCAACCACACGGACAAUUCUACACCAGUAAUGUGCAAGGUCCACCACCUGGUCUGAAGACGACUGGUACUCCUCCAGUCAGUGGCAACCUUACAUUCGGACAAGGCCACGGGUUUGCUACGGGUGGUCUCCAAUACGGCGCAGCAUACCAGGCCAGCCAAAGCAGUACCUUUCCCGCCCCUUCGUACACGCCGCUCGGCUAUGGUGAUGGCGAGAAGCAGAGGAAGAAAAAGGGCAAGAAGAGACACGCUAAUGCUUCCUCCUCCUCGGGAGGAGGUAUAGUGGAUGUCUCUGUCGAUCCCAGCAGCCAUCUGCUUCAACACCGUCUGCACCAAGGCUCGAGUGGCAUCGGCGGUGCUCCUUUCGUUGGCCAGGGUGCUGCAGAUGAAACCGACUUCCCGCCGUUGGCUUCUUCUUCCCGACAGCACGCCUCAGUAUCCGGCAUCUCUCUGGAAGGGUCACGACGAUCGACGCCUUCUAUGCCUCCGGGCCUGGAAACCAGCAGACGAUCAACGCCGACUGUACCUCCGGGACUGUCAGCUGUGCCCAAGCUUACCGCACUGCCAGAUCUGGAAGGUAGCGCAUCACGGCCUGGCUCUCGUCCCUCUAGCAGAGCAAGCGUCCAGCGCAAUCUUUCGCAGAUUCUGCCUGCGGUGCCAUUGACGCCCACCAAAGGCACACCUUCACGGCAAGGCUCGAGAGAUGACUUCGACAAGAUAAUACCUGCAGAAACACCUAGCAAGCCAUCCCGAUCGACGACUUCGUCCGACCUCAAGAUUGCCACCUCUGCUGAUGAGCAAGAGAAGGUUGUCUCAGACCGCCGGGACCAGUCAGACGACCUGGCUGUCAAGCCGGCGGCGCCUGUCGUGGCUGAUGUUAGAAAAGUCUCUGCCUCGCCAACGCAGGGCGCGGGUCUACAGCGAGUAGGCGAUGCGAGCCCAGCCAAAGGUCAGAACCACGCUCCUGCAAGCGGAACCAAAGCUGAAGCGCUCAACGCGAGCAAGAUCGACACAAGCAAACCUGAGCCUACAAAGAAGCAUUCCCUUAUCAAACUUGACAUCAAUGCUGCAGCAGACAAGAAGGAGAAGAUCGCGACACCAACAACGGCCACUCCCAGCGAGGCAGGGUCAUACGCAAAGCCACAGCGCACUGCAUCGCUCGCAUCAUCGCCAGCGAAGCUACCCGAGAGCCCAGCGAGUGCAAUCGCGUCACCCGCCGCAAGACCGGCGCCAAGAACUCUGCGAUUGACGUCCACACAAACCGUCCCUAAAGCUGAUGUGCCGCCGGCGCAGCCCAGUUUUACACCGACCCUGCCGAAUGUCGCCGCUCAUCGGUUGCCGUCACGGCGGCCGAGCGUGUCCUCCAUGCACCUUCCAGGGACGCCAUCCAGCGAGCACAAUCCUAUGUCAGACAAUCUUUCGAUCGCUUCGACCUCUUUGUCAAGGGCCAACUCACCGCCACCUGGCGUUAGCAGAGUCGGAUCUGCGCCCGUGAGGGACAAGACGAAAAGUCAGCAGAAGAAGGACCGCCAGAAGAUCGCCAAGGAGAAGGAAGAGCAGGAUUUGAAGGCCAAAGUUGAACAGGCGGGCAAAGCGCUCGCGCAGGAGACGGAGCAGGAAGCGGUUGUCAGUCGCAUGAAGAAGACGAAGAAGGAGAAAGCCGCCAAGCCAAAGACCAAAUCCGUCGUGCCGACUGCGGACAGCACUCCCACGGCUAGUCGCCCCGCGUCUCCGGGCCCAAAGGUGGUGCCAGAGGUUGCGGUGAAACCAGAGUCGCCUCCAGUCGCAGAAACUGUCGUCGCGACACCGACAAAGGCUCCGGCAGUGCAGCCGAUAUUGCAGUCACCUAAUGGACCAUCACCUCCGGCGACUCCCACCCUGAGCCCGGCACAGUUGAUCGCCGAGUUGAAGCAGUCUGCGCCAGAGAUUCAAAAGUGCAUCGACAGCCUCUUCCGCAUCUCGACAAGUCACAACCAAAAGCAACAGCCGAAUGUGUCAUUAAAGGACCUCGCCAGCUCCAAUAUGUGGAAGCCGGACUUCAAAGUCAACCUGAAGAAGGAAGACGUCGAGGCUCUCCUCAAGGGUAAGGUGCCAGCUAUUCACUACGGCGGAGAAGACACUCGCGUGUUCGACCGCGGCAUGGUAACACCUUCCGGAGCUCACUUGCGUGCUCUGACAAAGGAGCUGGAGUCACGAUUUCUCGAACUGGAACAGGCAUUGCGCGAGAUGCCAGAGGAACUCCGCUUCCACCCUUCAAAGCCACAGAACGACACCAAAUUCCCGACCAUCGACCUCGAAGACAUGAGACGCCAAUUCGAGAACGCCAACGGCCGCGGCGUGAGCGUCAUGGAGCAGAUGGUGCAGGACGGAUCGACCAUGAAAAAGGGCGCCUUCCUGGUCGAUGAGGCGAGGAAGUACAUCAACGAAUUUGUCAUGCCUCCUGUUACUCCGCCGCCGCAUGUGGGAAAUGUUACUAGGGUGCAGCAGGUAGCUCACGCGUUGCAAGGUGCGAAUUCGGAGGCGGGUGUGCCGAGCGUGGAGAUCGCGGAGAGGCAAUUGAGUGAGUCGAAGAGGAUGAUGGAUGAGAAGGAGAAUGCUCUGAAGAAGGCGAUCAAGAAGAACAAGCGCGUGGCUGGCUUGACGUGA